AGGAACAUUCGUGAUCAACAACAUGGCCAUGAAAUUAGUUAUAGAGACAGUGAAGGCGAGAUUCCCUGGGGUGCCGUAUAUCUCAACUGGAGAGUUGUGGCAGCUUAUGAAAAAAGGCAGUUCAAGUCAGAAGUUAGUCUUGUUGGAUGUUCGAGAAGAGAAAGAAUUUCAAGUUAGCCAUCUUUGCAGUGCCAGGCAUGUUGACCCAUCAACAAAAGACAUGGACAGUCUCAUGAAAACUAUUUGUGAAACAGGGAAAUCAUCUGAAGACAGUGUUCAGGUUGUGUGCUACUGUUCUGUGGGUUACAGGUCAAGCGCUCUUGCUCAGGAGUUGUUGUCUGAAAUGAGAAAGCCUGCUUAUGAAGAAAUAAAAUCAAAGAUUAGGAUUUAUAAUUUGGAAGGUUCAAUCUUUAAAUGGGCCAAUGAGGGUAAAGACCUCGAAGACAACAGAGGAAGGAAGACUACAGUCGCACACCCUUACAGUAGUCUGUGGGGAAAGUUACUGAAUGCAGAGCUGCGGUGCUCAGAACCCUCUGAAUCUGAUGAGAAUCAAGAGAAAGAUCAGAAUAAUUCAUCACCAAAAUCAAGUAAAAUGUGAAUGGUUGAGAAAAGAUUGGUAACAGGCAGGAAGCUCAAAAUUAGUUGCUGCCAGAGCAGAACAAACAUUUAGAGUCAUAUUACUGUCUUCAAAAAGUAGCAUACAAGGCUACAUUAUUAAUCCUUUCACUUCUCAGAGUGACCAAACAGAAAUAUUCGCACGUUUUCAAAUAAAAAGGUGAUAAGAAGCAAAGAAACAAAAUUUGAGAUACACACAAUCUGAUUGUCCAUUUACUAUGACAUCGGAAACCAACUGAUUGAUUUAAAAGUAUCGGUGCUAAAUAAAACGACGUUUGAUAGGAUAUAGUGGAGUUUCAUUGACUUUUUCCAUAAGCGGCUACCAAAAGUGUAAUAUACGGCUGAGCAGGAAAAAGGGGCCGUAAGGCAAAACCCUUACAAGAGAGGCUAGUUACAAGCCAAACAAACGGCGGUAAGAGGUCUUAUGGGCAGCGGUAGACCGCCGGUGAGCGCUUUUAUUGAAACCUCUGACAUAGUUAACUAAUCAUCUGGUCGAAUUAGAAGAACAAAUUAUUUAAAAAGCAAGGAACGAAUUGUUG